UUUCAGUCACCCUCUCGCUUACAUUAUUAUUGUUGUGAUGACAGAGUCUCUUUCAUGCAAUUCAGACCUUUACCAAGCCUUAUUGUUUCUAAGCUUCUUGGGCUGUUUGCUUGUAUGUGGGUUUGGUUGAUUGGUUGACCGUCCGUCCGUCUACCGAGACCGGCCAUCAUCACGUGACCGCCCGGUGUGUGAGUGUGGCUCACCCCUCCUCAAGAUGUUCCUCAACAUCACUUGUCCGGCCACGGACUCGGUCUUCUCCAUCACCGUGCCCGAGGAUUUGGAACUGGAGAACGUCAAGGCAUUUUGCGAGGCCGAAGCCGGCAUUCCCACGGCCCAAAUCCGACUCACCUUCCAAGGCCGUACCUUAGACGACGACAAAAAGGCCAUCCGCGACUAUGGGGUGCAAGACGGCGACAUGUUGGUACUGGCCAAGAAAUCGGCCGUGCCCAAACCCGUGGCGGCCAGCGGGGGAUUGCCCGGACUGGAUUUCAGUCAAAUCCAGGUUCCGGGUUCGAGUGCGGGCACUCAGAGCGGCCCUCGUCCCUCGCCGCCAGGUGCAGGCAACGCCGAGGACCCGGAGGUCAUUUAUGACAUGUUGAAGAAAAGUCCCGAGACCUUAGGCGUGUUGCGGCAUAACAAUCCAACCUUGGCUGAGGCGUUCGAUUCGGGCGAUAUUGCGCGGUUCAAACGGGUUUUGAACGAGCAGCACGAGAUUCGGGCGGAGCGCGAGCGGCAACGCCUCCGACUCUUAACGGCCGACCCGUUUGAUAUGGAGGCCCAACGACUGAUUGCCUUGGAGAUUGAGAACAAGAACAUUGAGCAGAACAUGGAAUUGGCCAUGGAGCACAACCCCGAAGCCUUCGGUACCGUCAUCAUGCUUUACAUCAAUUGUCGCGUCAACGGACACGCCAUCAAGGCCUUUGUUGAUUCCGGAGCUCAGGCCACCAUUAUGUCGCAAUCGGCCGCCGAACGAUGUGGCAUCAUGCGCUUGGUUGAUAAACGUUGGGCCGGUGUGGCCAAAGGCGUGGGCACCCAGAAGAUCAUCGGCCGGGUCCACUUGGCUCAGAUUCAAAUCGAGAAGGAUUACUUGUCCACGUCAUUUUCCAUUUUGGAGGAGCAACCCAUGGAUAUGUUGCUCGGAUUGGACAUGCUCAAACGUCAUCAAUGUUGCAUUGAUUUGAAUCGGAACCUCCUCGUCAUCGGUUCUUCGGGCACCGAGACUCCGUUCUUGUCCGAAUCCGAAUUACCCGAAUGUGCUAAGCUUAGUUCCAAAUUAAUUGACAUGGAAAAGGCCCUGCAGCUCAAUCCUCGUCGCCGUUUGACUGAAGAAUCCUCCAAGGAGCACGAAAAGAAACAAUUGGAGGAAGCCAUGGCCAGAAGCGCUACUGAUAGCAAGCGACUGAAAAGCAAUGACGGAACCUCGACCAGUACAAGCACGAUUUCAGGUUCAUCGUCGUCAUCAUCUAGUGCGGCAUCCGGCGACUCGAGUGAUAUUUUGGCCUCUGACAAGUUUACGGAUGAACAUGUCAGGAAACUUAUGGGCUACGGGUUUUCUCGCGAUAAAUGUAUCGCGGAAUUGCGGGGCAACCAAGGAGACAUGGAGCAAGCUACUGCUGCCCUUUUUGCGAAAUCUUUGAAAUUCUGACCGAUAUCGAGAACAUUGGUUGUAAACACGUUACAUUGCUACCUGAGUUUGAUCGUACGUGCCGACGCUAUUCGCCAUCAUUGCCUCUCUUUUUACGUUAUGGAUCGAUCCAUCUUUUUUUGCUCUUGAUUCAUUCACUCAGGUUGCUCCAAUAUCAAUCUACCAUUUGAAAACUAAGGUAAAACUGGUUGCUGAAAUAAAAAAUCAUUUAUUACUA